AUGAGUCCUCCUCCCCACAAACGCGCAAAACUUUCAUCCGAGCUCAAUCGAUCAUUUUAUAUUGAUAAUAUUAUUUCUUCAAAUCCUAUUAAUCUACCACAAUUCGGGGAAGGAGCUCCUGAAAACUACAUUACAAAAAUUGACGAAGAAUUUGUACACAAUAAAAAAUUCCGAUACACAAAAUCCCGUACGAAAUUCCAAAUCAAAGACGUCCCCACUGAUCCUGAAGGUUUAUUAGCCGGUAUAUUCCAGUAUUGCGUAGAUGCUUCAAUUAAAGAAGGUCGUGAGAAAGGAAACGAAGUAGAUCAUUUGGGGUGUGUCAUCAGCAGCGAACUACUCGAACCUGAUGUAUGGAUACCUAUCCGUCAAAUCACUGAAAAUACAGUUGAUUCUAUUCUGAAUCAAUUUUUGAAAGUUGGACAGAGCAAGAAACAACAAGGAAUAACUCUCUGGGGAAAGCCUUUUGACGUAAUAAUAACAACAUUAGAUACAAAAAAUUUGCCUGAAAAACAGAAGAUUGUGGGAGGUCGUAAAAAGACUGCGUCAACACACCACCGGAUAAAUUCACAAUGUUUGAUUAAAGUAAAUAUGUUAAAAUAA